AAAAAGCAAGCAAGAAGAAAGGUUAGUUGCACAGUAUGCAUCUUUGUGAGGCUAGGAAUUGUAUGUAUUUGUUCAUUUUUCUCAGUUUGCAUGAAACCUUACUGAUUCUAGACUAUGGGCUUAGUUUCUGCAGCCUUGUGUUAACAGGACGCAGUACAAAGCACCACCUUCCUGUCCUGACUGUAGGCAGGAACUUCCUACCAAGUAAUACACGGUGAACUGGCUUGUAGCUCUUAUGGAUGGAAGCUGCUGGAGACUGAAGCUGAGGCACACAAGGCAGGGAUCAGGCUGUUGGGAGAAAGCAGAGCUGUGCUACAAAUAGGAGUGCACAUUGCAGUGGACAGCACCGACACAGACUGGAUUUAUUCUGCCUUGAGGCCUUUGUCUGUGCCCUGUGUUUUCUCAGGCAUUCCAGCCACUGUACUGUUUUUCUGCAUGAGUCAGUCAGCACAUAUAAGGAAUAUGUUUUUAGUUUGGAAUAGUACAUUAUGCGAGAAUCUGCAAAACUAUACCGAUUUCUCCAAGUCAGACAGCAGAAGCACAUCUAGCAAAUUAAUGAGGAAACAAACAUGAAAGAAAUAGAAGAAAACAUUGACUGCACUAAACGUAAUAUUAUUGACUCUAAAAUGGCAGUAUUUAUUGGUAGCUGAGAGAUGAAGAAAAAAGAAGCCAAAUCUCAGAAAGUGAUGGAAAAACAGAUGAAACAUACUGAAAAUGAUGCUAUGGCUACUCAGGAGACAUCAGGCAAAACGUUGGAUAUCAGGCAACAGGAACCUGCUUGCUUGCUGAGUGUACCAGAAACUUUUGAGGAUGUAGCUGUGACUUUCUCGGACGAUGAGUGGAAGAUCUUAAAAAAACAAGAUAAAGAACUUUACAGGGAGGUGAUGGUACAGAACUAUGAAGCCAUGCUUUCAGUGGGAUACAGAAUCUCCCCAAAGGCGUUGCUGUUAUUAUUAAAAGGUGGCGGACUGCCAAAGGGAAAGCAGGAGGGGAUGAAUAUCGCAGACGAGCAGUAUAUUCUUGAAGAUGUACUCAACAGUAUCAGAAGCACUGAAUCCAGCCCGAGUUGCAUUUGGCAACCAUCACUUUGGACACCGCAGUUUCAGCAUCUGACAGAGAACCUGCAGCAGUCUACACAGCCUGGGAAGGGCAACAACAAGCAUCAUGUGACUUCUGUAACACAACUUCAUGUGGGAGAGAACUGCAUCAAGAACUCUGAAUGUGACAUGAGUAACGAUUGCACAGAGAAGAAACUUCAUGUGGGAGAGAACUGCAUCAAGAACUCUGAAUGUGACAUGAGUAACGAUUGCACAGAGAAAAAACUCUAUAAAUGUACUGAGUGCAGUAAGUGUUUCUCACAAAAGCGACACCUCCAAUACCAUCAAAACUUUCAUAUGGGGAAGAAACCAUACAAGUGCCCCGAAUGUGGUAAGUGCUUCAUAUGGCCCAGUAGCCUUCGAGAGCAUCGUGCCACACACACACAAGAGAAACCAUUUAAGUGUACUGAAUGUACUAAGUGUUUUACACAGAGGCAACAAUUAGAAUACCAUCAAAAUUCACACAGAGGGACUAAACCAUAUAAAUGUUCUGAUUGUGGUAAAUGUUUCACACAAAAGCGGCACCUAAAAUACCAUCAGAAUUCUCACGCAGGAAAGAAACCAUAUAAAUGUGGUAAAUGUGAUAAGUGUUUUGCAUGGCCCAGUAAUCUACGAGAGCACCAUGCCAUUCACACAAGAGAGAAACCUUAUAAAUGUACUGAAUGUGGUAAGCGUUUUACAAAGAAGCAGCAGCUAGAAUGCCAUCAGAACUCUCACACAGGGGUGAAACCAUAUAAAUGCACUGAGUGUGGUAAAUGCUUCACAUGGCUUAGUACAUUUCUAGAGCAUCGUGUUAUUCACACUGCAGAUAAACCAUAUAAAUGUGUUGAAUGUGAUAAGUGUUUUGCACAAAAACGACAGCUAAAAUACCAUCAGAGUUCUCACACAGGACAUAAACCAUAUAAAUGUACUGAAUGCAGCAAGUGUUUCUCACGUGAGAGUAGUAUGAUACGACAUCAGUAUAUUCAUGUAGAGGAAAAACCGUAUAAAUGUACUGAAUGUGGGAAGGGCUUCACAUGUCUUAGUAGUCUUCAGUUGCAUCAUACCAUUCACUCGGGAGAGAAACCGUACAAAUGCUCUGAAUGCACUAAGUGUUUUGCACAAAAAGCACGGUUAAAACUUCAUCAGAACUCACAUACAGCAAAGAAGCCAUAUAAAUGUGCUGCAUGCAAUAAGUCCUUUUCAGACAAGAGUAAUCUGCAACGGCAUCAAUACACUCACAUGGAGCAAAAACCAUAUACAUGUACUGAAUGUGGUAAGAGUUUCACACAAAAGGAGCAACUAAAAUGUCAUCAGAACAUACAUACAGGGAAUAAACCAUACAAAUGUACUGAAUGUAGUAAGUGUUUCACAUAUCUCAGUAGCUUUCAGCGGCAUCAUGCCACUCAUACCGGGGAUAAGCCAUUUAAAUGUACUGAAUGCAGCAAAUGUUUUUCACAAAAGGGUAAUUUGCUACAACACCAACAGACACACACAGGAGAAAAACCAUACAAGUGUACUGAAUGCAGGAAGUGCUUUUUACAGAAGAGCAGCCUGCUGCGGCAUCAGUACAUUCACCUAGAGGAAAAACCAUUUAAAUGUAAUAGAUGCAAUAAAUCAUUCACAUGUCUCAGUAGUCUUCAAAGGCAUCAGACCAUUCACCCAGGAGGGAACUAGGGUCCAAAUGGAGAGAUGGAAAAGUAGGCUCCGAAUGGAGAGAUGAAAAGUCAGCAAGCAGAGGAGAGUAGUAUUGCUGAAACUGAAUUCAUCCUCAAGUCUUGGUGAGUACCUUCGCAAGGUGAACCCUGUUUUCAGAAAGUCUCACCAAGGUGCCAUUGAUAUACAGACUGUAUUUAUAUAGCAUAUAUCAUGGACAGAAGUAGGACAAAAAGUAAAAGAGAUAGCUGGGUGUACAAGAUCCAGGAUAAA